AUGGAAUUCCAUUUUUUGUACCGUGAUGAAAAUCUCUUGGCGGCAAUUUGCAACUUCGGAGAUGUUUUCACAGUUGCAAAUGACGGAGACUCUAAAAUAGCAAGUCGUGAUGCAAAGGCUGCUAGACUGGGUAAAAACAUAACCAGUCUGACAGAGGAGGAAAAAUUGGACGGCAAAACUGAAUUCCAACACGCUACCGACAGAGUCACUUUACUACAAGAAUUCCAGGAGAACUUCAAAAGCCCAGACCACACGACAGAAACCCAAGAGGCCGAUUUAAAAAGAACAGUGCUGACCAAAGUUUUCGAAGAAACAGUGGAUGUUGUUCAAUUGAUCGAGAUAAAGGGAGAAAGCCAGGAGCUACGCUGCGAAGACGACUUAGCAUCAACUUUGGAACUGGUUGACGGAGGGAUUAGUGAUUCGAGUGCGAGAGACAUCACCUGCAACGAAAUUGAACAAACUACAGUUCUUAGGCAAAACUGGUCGGAUGUUCUCACUCCUUUCGAACAACUUGUCUCCACUAAUGAAGAGGUCGAGGUCUCGGCUUUUACUGUGGAGAAGACAUCGAGCGCCGAACUCGAAAAGAAA